CCGCGAUGGCCAGCACCCGGAGUAUCGAGCUGGAGCACUUCGAGGAGCGGGACAAAAGGCCGCGGCCGGGGUCGCGCCGCGGGGCGCCCAGCUCCUCCGGGGGCAGCAGCAGCUCGGGCCCCAAGGGCAACGGGCUCAUCCCCAGCCCGGCGCACAGCGCGCACUGCAGCUUCUACCGCACGCGCACCCUGCAGGCGCUCAGCUCCGAGAAGAAGGCCAAGAAGGCGCGCUUCUACCGCAACGGGGACCGCUACUUCAAGGGCCUGCUCUUCGCCAUCUCCGGGGACCGCUUCCGCUCCUUCGACGCGCUGCUCGCCGAGCUCACCCGCUCGCUCUCCGACAACGUCAACCUGCCCCAGGGCGUCCGCACCAUCUACACCAUCGACGGCAGCCGCAAGGUCACCAGCCUGGACGAGCUGCUGGAAGGUGAGAGUUACGUGUGUGCAUCCAAUGAGCCAUUUCGUAAAGUUGAUUACACCAAAAAUAUUAAUCCGAACUGGUCGGUAAACAUCAAGAGUGGCCCCCCCAGAGCCUUGGCGGCUGGCUCAGUGAAAAGUGAAGUGAAGGAAAGUAAAGACUUCAUCAAACCCAAACUAGUGACUGUCAUCCGGAGUGGAGUAAAGCCCAGAAAAGCCGUGAGGAUCCUUCUGAAUAAAAAGACUGCUCAUUCCUUUGAGCAGGUCUUAACCGACAUCACCGAAGCCAUUAAACUAGACUCAGGCGUGGUCAAGAGGCUGUGCACACUAGAUGGCAAACAGGUAAGGUGCCUUCCACUACCUUUGAACUCCCUGCCCCGUGGGCAGUUGGGUCUGAGGUCUGCCAGAACCACAUGACCUAGACCUGGUCGAGGCGUGCGUGCACUAUGUGUGUGUAGGCAUCCUACAUAUCCUCAGGAAUAGCAACAGCACACAUUCCUCCAAGUAUCUCAGGACCCACAGACGUGUUCUUCCUGUACUUCCUUGGGUAGUUGAUCGGAGAAUGUCAUUUCUGAGAGACAAAGAAGUUGAUGAGGCACCCUACAUGCCAUAGGAUGGUUUCCAUUCAGGAAUAAGAAUGACUGUUGAUUAGUCAGCCUGUUAUUUGCUUGGCUGUCACAGACAUCAGCAUUAAGUGUAUUACACAGAUUUAGAAAAGCCAUAGGAAAAAUGCACUUCAAAAUGAGGUAUUUUUUUAUAGGAAUGUUCAUAUAAAGUUUCUUCAGGAGCUAGGGAGAUGAUUGAUUAGCACCUCAAAAUAAAUGAACAGUUGUCCAUGAAAAUGCAAGUUAAGUUAUGGUAACAACAUAUCAGGGACUAAAAUAACAUAAGCACAUUGUAGGAACGUGUGAAUGAGUAGCAGUUGUAUAAAGGUUGAAUUUUGCCACAAGUCAGUUACCAUUCCUAAAAAGAAACAUGGCUCCUGAAGUGUAUUUUCCCCGAUUCCCUUAAAUUUGAAUU